AUGUUCUAUGGAACCUCAAAAGUUUUGCAGAUAGCAGGCCCAGAUGCCCACGGCUCGACGCUGCAGCAGAGACUUUUGAACGCAUUUCGAGUGCUUGAGGCGAAUAGAACAGUUUUGUACGGAGACUCUACCUUUUUAUCUGAGAAAGCUCCAGAUUUCAUGGCGAGCAUCACCGAGCUGAUGAUCCAAACAUCAGCGUUCAGCAAGCAACUUUUUGAACAGAUUGAAAGCAUACCCGAAGAAGCAAGACUUUUCAAUCCCACAAUCGUGACACUAGCUCGCGAAGGGACCGAACUACAUCACAGAAUAAGCGACUGGUACGAUGAUGUCUCUCUACGGUCGGAUGUUGUGGACCCCUUUACUCAACUUGCUCUUGCAAAUCAUCAUGCGGUUCGGCUUUUCCACUGCAAAAACUUCACCUACUACACCUGUUGGCAAGCUGGGACGAUUCCUCAAUUGAACCAAUUGGAGAUUGAUGCAUAUGUUGCGGCGAUUGCAUAUUUGUGCGAUCAGAUCCUUAAAACUUCAAACAUUCCAGGUGCUAUUCUCUUAUUUCCUUUGCGAAUGGCGGGAGCACAUUCUGAAACUGAGUGGCAAAGAGAUAAAGUGCGAAAUCUGCUCAAUCGAGUAUAUAACAGCGGCUUUGUUGUGGCGGAAAGGAUUCAGACUGAUCUAUCCGAAUUCUGGCAGUAUAAAGAUGAAGAGGUUGGGGUUAAAUUAAUGCUCAACUAA